AUCCUGCAGCGAUGUUGCGCGUUAUCGGUGGCACGAAAAAUCUAUGUUGGCACGGAUCUCGUAACUUUGGGCUCCUACUACAGUGGCGGCUUGGUGGACAAAAAAGAUCUGUACAGCAAAGAAGGACCUGAAUUCGAUUUCGUCUCGAACAUUCGCACGGAACAGUUACUCUUUUUUGUUAUUACAAGCUUAACUAACUUUGGUUUGUUCGGUUGUCACUUCACUGAGGCGCACCUUAUUGCUGAUACGAUCUACCAGCAGAGCGUUGGGACGCAAACAGCUGGAAACAACGUACAAGUAGAACCACGAAUACCCCAGGGCAUUGCUGCACCUCCAGCAGCGUAUAGGCCGAUCAACCCACUGCAGUACCGUCCGCCAAAUUUACCGCAACUACAGCAACGUCUCGCGCCGCCAAAUGGCGCUUCGUAUAAAGCACCAUCCGAACGGCUAAUCUAA